GGCGACGGCACUGAAGCGCACAGCAGGAGAAAAGGCAGUGGUAGAGACGCAUCACGACCGGGAUUUACAUUGCGUGACCAUCUCGAACAUAUAGAACACCGGUAUCGUUCAAAAUUCACACAAGAUGCUCCGUUACACAUUGGUUGUGCUGCUGCUCGCCGUUGGGGCGUGGUGCCAAGACCUUGUCGAGAAGCCACAGGUUGUGUGCAAUGCUGAUGACAUCACGGUGACGGCUGAGUUUAGGGAGCCAUUCGUCGGUAGAGUUUACCCGAAAGGUCUGUCAAAGUUUUCCAACUGCAGUCUCAAUGGCUCUGGAGACAGAUCAGUCAGCUUCACGGUGUCUCUCUUUGGCUGCGCCACGAUAAGGAACCAAGAAAGUGAUGCGAAUAAUAACCUGGAGUACCACAAUGUCAUCGUCUUCCAAAGACAUCCGAUGCUGGUGACAGGUCAGGACCUUGCAUACAGAGUACACUGCAACUAUGCGCUAGGCGAGAAGACCGUAUCAAGCGAUGUGACCGUUGAAAUGGUGCAGACGACACUGCUUCCGUCGGCUGCGCCGGAGAUGCCAUCUUGCGAGUUGAUCAUUCUGAUGGGAGGACCCGACGGACGACUCGUCGACGGAGCUGUCUCUCUUGGCACCGAGCUCACGUUCAUGAUCACGAUGGGACCCAGCGAGGUGUAUGGUUCCGUCAUCAGUAACUGUAUUGCCCGGGACGGCAUGGGAAUGGGAGAACAGAUGCUAAUUGAUGCCGAUGGCUGUGCCGUCGACGAGCAGAUUUUCGGCAACCUGAUCUACGACCCGGCGAACAAGAGAACAUACAGUCCGUUCAACGCUCACAAGUUCCCAACCAGUGGACAGGUCUACUACCAGUGUGACGUCAGACUGUGCAUCAUUGGACGCUGCGAAAUCCCGGAGUGCGCGACCGUGCUCGGACCACGAAGGAGGAAGAGACAGGCGAUCGGUCAGGAGGAGACGGAGGAGGAGCCUCGUCUCAUCGUGCGUGACGUCGUCAUCAUCAUGGACUUCGACGACGAACAAGUGGGUUCGGCCGGAAAUAAUGAGCUUCCUCUCGCACGUCUCCCCAUCAAGACAGCGUCCGUGCCAGCGGCGGAGCAAAUGGAGAACAAGAUCUGCAUGAACACGGUCGCAUUCGCUCUCG